CUUCCAGCCUCCCUGCUUUCGGCUGUGGUCCGGCACCGGAGUUCCCAGAGCUCAUCCCCACAGUCAGGACUUGUUGCCAAAACUUCCCUGACUUCGCCCCCGUGGCCUGAAGUGAAACUUCCAGAUCCUGUGGAAGAAGCCAAGUAUCAUGCAGAAGUGGUGCGGAAGGUGAACGGGCUGAUCUCCGCGGGGCAAUACGGGCGGCUCUUCGCCGUCGUCCACUUCGCCAGCAAGCAGUGGAAAAUCACCAAUGAAGACCUGAUCAUGAUGGACAAUGUCCUGGAGGCUGAGUGUGGGGAUCGAAUCCGGAUGGAAAAGGUUUUGCUGGUUGGUGCUGACGACUUCACGCUCAUUGGAAGGCCGCUGCUGGGGAAGGACCUGGUCCGUGUGGAGGCCACGGUGAUUGAGAAGACGGAGUCGUGGCCCAAAGUCAACCUGCGCUUCUGGAGGAGGCACAACUACCAGAGGAAGAAAAUCAUUGCAAACCCCCAGACCGUCCUGCGGAUCAACACCAUCGAAAUCUACCCCUGCUUGUCCUGACUGGGGGGUGUGCCUGGGAAUCUUUGUUGCUCCAGGCAAUUGUGGAAAUAAAACUGCCUCGGCACUGGAAAGUUCUGGACUUGUUGCUGUGGUGGGAAAUGGAAAUCUCUAUGUGCUUUCUUUUUAAAAUAAUGAAAUAUUUUUUAAACUGUU